UAGUGCAUUGCACGAAUCGGGUUAAUAACUGUGAGGUUAUUAACCCUCUUUAUUUAAUCGAAGAUUAUAAAAUAAGUUCGUCAAGAUACAGAAAUGUCAUAAAUUACAAAUUUCAAUCCUGAGUAUCUUUUAUAUAUUAGGCUAUAAACAUUGUACGAAACAUUUCCACUUUUAUGGAGGGCGGCGCGCUAUAAACUGUCUCCAUUGAAAUUAUUGCUUAAAGGUUGCGCAAUUAAUUAUUGGAAUAGUUACACGCGGACACACGCACGUAUUAUCGCCUACGUUCAUUUUCGUCCACGCAUUGUUUAACACUACAGGAAACUAAAUAAACCGUCCAUUGAGAUAUAACAGGUUCAGUGAGAGAGAGAGUUUUUGCGUAGAAAAAGUAAACAGUUAAACGGGAGCAAGUUAAUAGUGAACAGAACCGCUGUAUCAAUGUAAAUCAAUAAAAUCGAUGAUGAAAUACGGUCUGGCUUGCCACUAUGUAUGGGUGACGAACGUCAAUCGGAUAUGUAAGCAGACGUAUUGUGACUACAAGUUGUGCAUUUUACGUGAUCACUUCCAGGGAUCACAUACAGGGUGUGCCGCUAUGAAACGUAUGUGGAGCGUGCGAGGGCUAGGCACUGGCGCACCCACUAUAAAUAAGAUUUAAAUCUGCCAGUAUCCUUUUAUUUCGUUGGUGCAACAUUUAUAGUAAUUGCUCAAUAGAGGAACAGAUGCAUAACCAUAAGAAAAAAUCAAACAUGUGGGUGACCAAAGAAUCAACCGGUUGAAAAUUUACUCGUAUAAUUCAAACUCGUAUAAUUACGUAUAAUUCAUUACUCUAUGAGAAUGUCCUUGUCUGGUCUAAAGCAAACUGGAUAUCAGGAUCAAUAAAGAUAUUGGUAGGUAUAGGACUGAACCAAUGCAGGACUCACCGACAAGAUCAAUAAGCAAGGUAAGCGGACCCUUCUUCGCAAGGCAUUCAAUGCUUUCUUAUAAACGCCCUUUCAUGUCGCCUUUAUACUGGUCUUAUCCUUACAAAAAUCCAGGUGUCUGCUAUUGCAAGAGUGGCCUAUACACAACAUGUACAUUACAUACAUAUAUACGAAGUCGUCAACGAGAAAUGUUCGUAAAUACGAUUGUAUCUUGUAAAAGCAACAACUACGUUCUAUAUACUUGAUCCAUAGUGCUAAUUUUUAUAAAAAUAUACUGAAUUGGCACACCUGUUGUGCUUUUUAAAAAUAUGCAACAUUGGGUAUAUGCAUAAUAUUUUACUAUUUUAUAUGCACCAUAUAAAUUAGGACUUUAUCUGAAAAGGCAAUAAAAAAUUUAACACAAAGGGUUCUUAGCUGCUGAACAGUAAAAGUACGCACGUGAGCGCGUUGCACUAAAUGCGAAUAGACUGAAGACCGAUCGCUAGUCCUGAUAGAUUAUAUUUUAUAUACGGUACUUUCAAUAGUAAUUCCCUUUUAAGGAUUCAAGUUAGUAUCUUUGUUUAAAAGAAACUUGAUAAGAAGCUCGUUAAAAUUUAUCAUCGCUUCGAGGACAGAGAACCGUAUUAAACGUAACAGGUACAUAUUGUAACAGUUUAAAUACCUCGCGAAAAUUCUUUAAUAAUGUAAUUUAAAAUGAAAAAUUAUUACGUUGUCCAACAUCAAUACGAUAUAAAACCAACCAUGCCUUGAGCACAGAUUAAACAAUUGUUGGCGGCAAAAAUAUAAGACAAGUACGAAUUGACAUAAAUGAUACUGUAAAUUACGGUAGCGGUGAUUGAAGUAGCAGCUAGGGGUGAACUGGUUAUUGGGGAGUUUAGAAAAAUUCCUGGUUGCUCAGUAUUUGGGGCCGUUUUACGUAGGAUUUGAUUAAUGAAUUAAGAACAGGAGACCGGUCAUGUCGGUAAUCUUCCGGUAAAAAUUUAAGUCCCAGUCCGCCCCUGGUAGCAGCAGUAGAGAACAGUGGUGGUAGUGGUGCUGCCUAAUACUCUUUUCAGCCCUCGGCCGACAGUUCAGCACAGCCCGUAGUCUUCGACGGUUGCACGUCGUUCAAUCCGGCACACUUUUAUAACCAUUGCACACUUCCUACUAUCUCAUUCACGUUUUAUAAACAAUGCGACAAUCCACGGUUUCUUAAACGAACAUUUCUCACUUUUGCCGAUUCGUAUCUCCGUAAUUACGAUGCAACCAGCUGAUUUGUUGAGAAAAUUAAACGUGACUGAAAGUAUUUUGUGCCAGUGAAUCUGAACAUGAUAUUUCAAAGGAUUUGACCGAGAAAAUGGAUUUUAUGCCAUGGAUUGUCUAAGUGUCCAACAAGAAGAAGUAAUGCAGCAGAUAAAAGCGGAACUCUCGUAAGAACAGCGGAAUCUCGAUCAUCGUCGAAGAUGUCGAAGAAGAGGCGUUAGCAUGAGCCACACCACUGCAUUCAGAGUACUGACGCUGAUCCUGAUCCUCGGUGAUCUCGAGUCGAUCACGGUGGUGAACCACCAUCCGGACGAGGAAUACUUUCUCGAGCACGAGGUCCUCUGCGAGGAGGCAAUUACGGAGGCGAAGAAGCUGCAGCUCUAUCCUGCCGGUACGGACAAGAAAGGUCCUAUCCCAGGAUGCAAGCCCUGCACCAGAUCAGAGAUGACUUACUGCAAAGAUGGAAGCGUGAUAAAUGAUCACUGUUGUUGCGAUGGCAACUCCAACGAGGUAUUCCCCUUCGUGAAGCACACUUGUCGCGUGGGGCCAGAAGAAUGCGAAGUACAAGCUGGAGACUGUGCUGAAUACGCGAGGCUACGGGAAUGCUGCUGUCAUUCCUACUUAGCUUCUGUAUGGAAAUACUUGGCGAACGACGCGGUAUCACCGACGAAUACACACUUUAUAAAGUUCCUGGCGAUAUUAACGGUGCUCAGGUGGCUCUCAUAGCCGACCUAAAAUUGACAGUACACAUUUAAUACCAAAUAUUUUUUGUAUAGGACGAGUUAUUUUAAUAAAUUAUUUUCCCAUCGGCACGGGAGAAAUUUAGAGGCCAACAAACGUUUCUAACAUGCAACAACGAAGUGAAAUUUCUAAUAAUUUGAUAAAGAAUUUUUGCGGCUUCACCUGUACAUAUGAGAAAGUGUAAUUGUACAAAUAAUGAACAUUGUCCGACGGCAACAUUUGUAUUUUAAUGGAUGAAAUGCAACAAACUAUGUACAAACGCGUA